AUGCCAAUGGAAAAAAAAUCUACGAAAGAUAUGAAAGAAAUGACAAAAGCGGAACGUCGAGCAGUUCAGGAACGUCAGCGCGCAGAAAAAGCUGCACGCACCGUUGGAGGAACAACUACAAAGAAGGGCUCGCAAGGCUCUGCGACGAGUGUAGUCGAUAAUACCUCGAUUUUUACACAUCAAGAAUAUUCAUUUACACCUAGUGAUUCUAAGCAUAAAGAAAAGCAACAAAAAGAAUCAAAAAAAGAAAGCAGUAAACAAGUUGCACUGUUUUCUCAUUUAGAAAUCGCAAAAGGUGCUAAUACAAGUUUAGAUAUUCAUCCCGCAGUUUUAGUUAUAGGAUUACAAUUUGCCGAAUUUAAAAUUUGUGGAGCCAAUGCCCGCUGUAUUGCUACUCUAACAGCUUUUAAAAAGGUAAUUCAAGAUUACAAAACACCGGAAGGGACCACUUUGUCCCGCCAUUUGCCCACUCAUCUAUCUCCUCAGAUAAAAUAUCUGGUAAAUUCAAGACCUAUGUCAGUUGGCAUGGGUAAUGCAAUUCGUCACCUUAAAUUGGAAAUAUCUACAAUGGAUAUUGAUUUGGCGGAUGAUGAUGCAAAGCGUUUAUUAUGUGAAAAAAUUGACAACUUCAUUCGCGAUCGUAUUACGUUUGCAGAUCGUGUCAUAGUUGAUUAUGGCUUACAGAAAAUACAGGAUGGAGAUGUGAUAUUAACAUAUGCUAGAUCAUCAGUUGUACAGGCAUUGUUAUUAGAAGCACGCGCAAAAGGGAUACGAUUCAAAGUUAUCGUUGUUGAUUCAAGGCCAAGACUUGAAGGUAAAAGACUUUUGAGGCGUCUUGUAGAUGCUGGGAUUAGUUGCACAUAUGCAUUUCUUCAUGCAGUUGGGUUUGCGUUAAAAGAUGUUUCAAAAGUUUUUCUGGGUGCACAUGCUUUCAUGUCAAAUGGCGCGCUUUAUUCGCGUGUUGGUACCGCGAUGGUAGCAAUGAUGGCAAAGGAAAAAAAUAUUCCUGUAAUCGUAUGUUGUGAGACAUAUAAGUUCACGGAAAGGGUUCAACUGGAUUCAUUCGUUAUGAAUGAACAAGGAAAUCCCGAAGAAAUGGUAAAUGUUUCUACAACUUCAACUCCAAAGGCUGGAUUGUUGGAUGGAUGGCUUCAUAAACCGGAUUUAAAACUUUUAAAUUUGUUGUAUGAUCUGACUCCUUCAAAGUAUAUUACAACUGUAAUUACAGAAGUUGGCAUGAUUCCAUGUACCAGCGUUCCUGUGAUACUAAGAGAAUACAAGUAA